AUGAGCCAAGAGUAUUUUCCUGCCAGCGGCAGCUCGUCUUCCGCCAACGAGGGGUCUUCGAGUGGCCAGGAUCACGAUGAACGUCUCCCGCAGAUACCGGAGCCAUGGGCCGCACCCCAGUACAUAACUGUGGGCAAUGGAGCGACAUCUGCGGCCGCUGAGGCACUCGUCGCAACUUUGAACCAAGAUUCUGGAUAUGGCGGAAGCAUUGCCGGAGAUACUGCGAUAGAUAGCAGCGACUUUGCAGACUGGCGUGCUGGGUUGCUCGAAGACCGGCCUACACCAUCCCAUACACCGGCGUUGGCUACAGAGAUCGCGCCCGAAGGCAACGCCGGGAGACAGAUGUUUGCAAGCCAUGUUCAUCAACUUCAAUACAAUGCGAAUCGUAUGAAAUUAGGGAGAUCUAUUACACGGACGAUCGAGGUUUUGAAGGAGUUGCAGGAGAUGAAUCGACAAUGGCCAGCUCAUUACCCAUCCGUGCAACCCUCGCAACGACCCUCACUACAUCAAACCCAAUCGCAAUUCGACCUACCAAGCGCGGACAGUGAAGAGUCUUCCCCAUCACGUCCAGCACCAAUAAAACGAGCAAAUACAACUUUGGAUGGUGAAGAAUAUGGUGAAUCGAGUGCGACGGGCGAGCGACGUGCACCGUCAGAGCCACGUUUGAUGACCCACCAAAUCGCCCAGGAAUUUUCAAUUCUGAAACUUGACCUCAAACUCGGGGCGCUCUCCCAAGCAGAGCUGGUUCAUUCACUGGAGAAAGCGUCAAUUGCCUCAUUAUUGGACGGAAAGAUCAGCCAGAGUAUCAAACACCUCUUGUCACUACGAGACCGCAUUGAGGAUAUGUCCAGUAAAGUAUUGGUCACGGGAGACCUGAAUGCUGGUAAAUCGACGUUCUGCAAUGCCUUGUUACGCCGCAAGAUCUUGCCGGAAGAUCAGCAACCCUGCACCAGUAUAUUCUGUGAAGUGCUCGAUGCGAGGGAAAACGGUGGUAUCGAAGAAGUUCACGCUAUUCAUAAAGACCGAAUAUAUAAUCGCAAUGACGAGAGUUCGUACGACGCCUUUGCGCUAUCAGAACUCGAGAACAUAGUGACCGACAAUACGAAAUAUACGCAGUGCAAAGUCUACGUGAAGGAUGUUAGGACGAUCGACCAAUCUCUCCUGAAUAACGGCGUCGUUGAAAUUGCGCUGAUCGAUGCUCCUGGGCUAAAUUCAGAUUCUGUCAAGACGACUGCGAUUUUUGCACGCCAAGAAGAGAUCGAUGUCGUUGUAUUCGUCGUGUCUGCUGCCAAUCAUUUUACACUAUCUGCGAGAGAUUUUAUUAUGAGUGCGGCGCAUGAAAAGGCUUAUAUGUUUAUGGUAGUCAACGGAUUUGAUAAUAUCAGAGACAAGGAGAGGUGCCAGCGUAUGAUCUUGGAGCAAAUCGCCAAAUUGAGCCCUCAUACAUACAAAGACUCCGAGGAACUCGUUCACUUCGUUUCGAGCAAUGCGAUCCCGGUGGUUUCCGGAAACACUUUAUCCUCUGGUUCUGGGAGUGGUGGCGCGAAUCCUCCUGACGAUAAUCCUAGUGAUGAUGACGAUGACGAUACGAAAGGUAAACACGAAGAGUCCAAGAAGGGCAAAGGGAAAGAAAAAGAGAAGAUUCAAGAUUUUGAGAAACUCGAAGGUGCUUUACGACGUUUCGUUCUUGAAAGGCGUGCACGAUCGAAAUUGGCUCCCGCCAAAACUUAUAUUCUCAAUGUCCUGACAGACCUCAAUGCCUUGGCAUCGGUGAAUCGUGAUGUUGCCCAAACAGAGCUUGACCGUGUCAGCUCCGAGCUUGAAGAGAUUGUGCCUGCAUUCGAAGAAGGGAAAAGAAGAAAGAAUGAAAUCGCGGAGCAGGUCGACAAUACGAUAGAAAAGUCUUAUGAGGAUGUUUACGACCACACACGUCUGACCUUGAACAGCACAAUAGAAAAGGUUGCCUAUGCCGAUCUCGGUGUGGAAUAUCCUGGCCUAUUCUCUGCUUUCCAGUAUGCAGAAGACCUCAAGCUUGCCAUGCUUGAUCAGAUCUCGGCAGCAGUAUCUGAUUGCGAAAACCAUGCCCGCGCAAAGACGGUACAGGGCGUCUCAUAUGUCCAACAACUUGGACUGUUGCACGUUGGGGAGGACAAAUUCCCUUCUCUCAAUUUCCGAGCUGAGAACAUGUUCCGCAAACGUCGGCACGCUCUCGCCAGACAGAUUGAUACUCAGGUGGAGCUAUGGGACUUUUUCGAUAUUGCUGGGCUCUGGGAGAGACAAGAAAAAGUUGCGGGCACCGGUGUUGCCAUGACAGCUAUAACUGUACUGAGUGGACGCGCUAUAGGAGGAUUUGGAUGGGUAGAUGGCUUCUUCGGUGCUGCGAAAGUGCUAGGGUCCAACAACCUACGACGAAUGAUUAUUCCUGGAAUGGCUGCUGCUGCCCUUCUAACGGCGGCCUACGUACUUUCCAUCAUCCCUCAAACCCUUCCUCCUCGACUAUCACGCAAAUUAGCAGUUUCUCUGGCUGAAGUAGACUACGUUCACUCGAACGCUUCACGCAUCGCCUCUGAAGUUCGUCGCGUCUUGAGUAUGCCAGCUUCUACCUUGAAUAGCAACCUUGCUCAAGGCAUAGAGGAUCUGGCACGUCGCAGGGAGGAGGUUACCAAGGUCAAACAGGAAAGCGAAGUCGCAAGGAAAUACUUUGCGAACUUGUUGCGUGAGGCUCAAGAGAACCACAGGACAGUCGAGCAAAUCGACCUUGAAGGUCCCCUACCGGGAGCCCUAGCCCACUAA